AUGAACAAGAAAGAUUUGGAUAAUGUUCCGAUACGGUGCCAGAGACUGUUAAUGAGACUGAGAUUCAAGCCAACCGCCGAAUAUGCACCAGGAAAGACUUUGACUGUAGCGGACACUCUGUCGCGUAGUCCACUGCAGAACGUGACAGAGGUGACCGACACUCACUCAGAUGUGGAAUGUUAUAUUGCAGCCGUUGUUGACAACAUGCCAGCUACACCACAAAAGCUUGGGACCAUAAGAGCAGCCACAGCAGCUGACAGCAACUUGCAGAUGGUGCUUAAAUGUGUCAAGUCAGGAUGGCCGGACUAUGUGGCUGAUGUUGCACUAGCCAUCAGAGACUAUUACCCUAUAAGGAGUGAACUGUCGGAGUACAACGGAAUCAUCACAAGAGGAAGUCGCAUGAUAAUCCCAAGCUCUCUAAAAGCAGAUGUCCUGGAUCGAAUCCAUGAUGGACAUCAAGGACUGUCAAAAUGCAGAGAGCGGGCUAACACUUCAGUGUGGUGGCCUGGCAUCGCAGCUGAAAUCAAGCAGAAAAUCCAGACCUGUCAGAUUUGUCAUGAGAUGAGACCCACACAGCGCAAAGAGCCCCUCAUCUCGACCCCUCUACCUGACAGGCCCUGGAAGAGAAUUGCUAUUGACUUAUGUCCAUUCGUUGUGUCCUUGGACUACUUUUCCAGGUUCCUCGAGAUACUCCACAUGCCUACAACCACUGCCUCACAGGUGGUGUUGAAGCUAAAAGCAGUAUUUGCCAGAUUUGGUUGCCCAGACCAAGUAAUUAGUGAUAAUGGGCCCCAGUUCACAUGUGAGGAGUUCCGAGAGUUCGCUAGAGAGUAUGACUGUGAGCACAUUACCUCAAGUCCCCAUCAUCCACAAGGAAACGGACAUGCUGAGAGAGGAGUCCAAAUUGCAAAGACUAUUCUAAAACAAAAAGAUCCUCUACUCACUCUCAUGUGCUACCGCUCUACACCCUGCACCUCCACUGGUGCAAGCCCAGCUGAACUGCUUAUGGGCAGGAAGAUAAAAACAACACUUCCAACACUUGAGAAAAACCUACUUCCUAGAUGGCCUAACCUGAAAACCGUCAGGAGCAAAGAUGCAGAGGAGUAUGAGAAACACGUGUUCUACUUCAACCUCCGACAUGGAGCAAAGCCCCUGCCGUCGCUGAGACCUGGUGAUCCUGUCCGCGUCAAACUGGACAAUCAGCACGCCUGGGGAACACCCGCUGUCAUCACCGCUGACUGCGCAACGCCAAGAUCAUACAUCAUCGAGACUCAACAGGGGGCGACAUUGAGACGCAACCAUCGUCACCUGCAACAUGUUCCUGAGCCAACUGGAGACACAGCAACUCUACCUCCAGGGCAGUGUCAGUGUCAAGCGGGUUGGAGGGAAAACGACCACAGCUGCUACUUGUUUUCCGAGGACGCAAAGACGUGGCGGGAUGCCAACUCAUAUUGUUUGUCGCAGAACAGCCACCUGAUGAGCAUCCAGGACAUUCACGAGAGGUUGUGGAUGAGGACGCAGAUCGGCACAGAGAUCUUCUGGAUCGGCCUGACUGACGGCAUCACGGAGGGCGUGUGGGAAUGGACCGACGGGAGUCCUUUCAUACAAUACAUAUCAUACUGGCUUCAAGGCCAGCCCGACAACUGGGGCGACGAUCCAGGCGAGGACUGCGGUCAGGUGAUAGGCUCUAGCUCAGGUCGCUGGAACGACGAGAACUGCAACGUCAAGAGGAAAUACAUCUGCAAGCACCGCAAUCUCAACCCAGACCCGCAGUGUGACUUGACCAACGGGUGGAGGCAGUACGGCUCCAACUGCUACAGACUGAAGGCAGACACCACAAAAAGUUGGACGGCGGCCCGACACGACUGCGUCCGGGACGGGGCGGACCUGGUCUCCAUCACCUCAGAAGGGGAGGCACAGUUCAUCACAGGGACACUGGACGCAUCCCAGUGGGACCUCUGGAUUGGACUCUCUAAUCUGAAAUGCAACAAGAUCUCAUGUCAGCUUGAAGUGGGGAGCAACCGCACUAACUGGUCUGAUGCUGUCCCGGUGGGCUACACAAACUGGGCGCCGAAUGAGCCGACAAUCGACACCCAGGUUGGUUCUUGUGCGGCCAUUAUUAAAAACCCCUCUGACGAAUUCGGCAAAUGGAGGUCCCACGUGUGCCGAUACGAGCGUCCCUACAUGUGUAAACGACCUGUGAACACUAUCUGCCCUCCUGGUUGGCUCAGCUUUGCUGGCAGCUGCUACUGGUUGGUUAGCAACGCCAACCUUCUGACCACGUGGCACGACGCCUUCACCAAGUGCUCCGAUGUGGGGGCCCACCUACUUAUCAUAAACAGCAAAGACGAACAAUUCUUUAUAAACGGACGACUUCCAGACUUUCACCAUGUGGACAUUCCCGACAUCUGGAUCGGUUUAUCAGAUAAAGACCAGGACGGAACAUUCCGAUGGGUGGACCAAACAGAACUCAACUUUACAAACUAUGGACCCGGUUGGCCAAGAAACACUGCAAGCAUUUGGGAUUGUGGACAGAUCUUCACAGGAAACUAUGAGGGAAAAUGGGAAACAGGCACAUGUUUCAAGAAGUCAGGUUACAUUUGUGAGAUGACGGGAGGACAAAACCCUAAACCAACUCCAGUGCCGACAUUCCACUGUGACCCUGGCUACUUGCUGUACGGGGACUUUUGCUACCAUUUCGAGGGGGAGCUGGUGAAAACGUGGAGUGACGCAGAGGCUUAUUGUGUUGCGGGGCAAGGUCACCUGGUCAGCUUCCACUCCCAGGAAGAGCUCAGCUUCUUAAUUGCUCACAUGCCAGGACAAUCCUGGGUCGGACUCAGUGACAUUAAGAUCGAAAGCCAGUUUGUUUACACCGACGGGACACCUGCAGAUUUCCUCCCAUGGGCCCCCAACCAGCCGGACAAUUGGCAGAACGACGAGGACUGCGCUUUCCUGCGAGGGCCGACUCACCAAGAACCAGGAAAACUAAAUGAUUACUUCUGUUCUUUUACCAAUGAGUUUAUCUGCAAAAAAGUCAAGGGACAAGGGCCGCCUCCACAACCUCCAACAUCCGGCCCAGGGUGGAAUGAAAAAUGCGGCUCGUGGAUGGCCGACCCAUUUAACGACUUCUGCUACCUGUUCAACUCCCUGUCCAUGAGGACGUGGGCCGAGGCGCGAGCCGACUGCAUCAACCAGGGAGGAGACCUCAUCAGCAUUACCGAUCCCUUUGAGCAAGCUUUCGUCCAAGGUGUGAUCCAGUUCAGCCCGACUGGGGUCUCCCUGUGGAUGGGCGCCCAUGACACCAUCACUGAAGGCGGCUGGGAGUGGACGGAUGGAUCACCGUUCAGAUACGUACAUUGGAGUCCAGGUAAUCCUGACGACCACUACGGUGAAGACUGCCUGUCCAUUUACAUUAACGGCGGCUACUGGAAUGACGACAACUGUGGGCAUAAAAGAGGAUAUAUCUGCAAGAGGAGAGGGAAGACACCGAAGCCUCCGCCGCCUCAUGAUGGUUUCAUGACGGCAAUCGUGUGCCAGGAGUCGUCCGCCGUCCUUCACUGUCCGCAGGAAAGCGUCAUCAACAUUCAGUCAGCUUUCUUUGGACGAAAGAGUGGUGACAUCUGCCCGCAUUUGGGAGGAUCGGACGGGAGCUGUACAGUGGAAGGUGUUCUUCCUUACUUCAGGAAAGCAUGUGACAACCGGCCCUAUUGUUUUGUCUACGGCUACAUCGAAGUGGACCCCUGUCCCGCCAUCUCCAAAUACCUUGAGAUCGUCUACAGCUGUGAACAGAAAGUGUGUCUUCAUGGCCUGGGCGUAGAAGACCAUAAUGUUACAGACUCCCAGAUUUCAGCUUCCUCCUCCAUGGGCAGUUACACCCCCAACAAAGCCCGUCUGAACGGAAACUCCUGCUGGAGGCCAUUAGGAAAUUCUGCCGGCAGCUGGAUCCAGGUGCACCUUGGCCAGAAAAGAAAAGUGACAGGAAUUGUGAUCCAGGGGUGUCCCAACAAUGACUACUGGGUCACCAAAUUUAAGAUGCAGCACAGCAUGGACAGGUGGACUUGGACUGACUACACUGCUGACGGGGAGUUUUUACCCGGAUCAACCGACAGAAACACUGCUGACACUCAGCUGCUGGGUACGCCUGUGUCUGCUCAGUACAUCCGCAUUCUGCCGCUGGAGUUCAGCGGUCAGGCUGGUCUGCGUUUUGACGUUUUAGGAUGCACGCCUGACUAUGCGAUCACCUGUGCCAACAAGCCUAACUUUAGCUUAGCCAACGAUCAAAUGACGGUCCAUUGUCCGGCAGGUUGUGCCAAAUCCAGUUACAUGGUCUACGGGACGUCAUUGUAUCGUGGGGAUUCCAACAUCUGUGCAGCUGCCAUCCACGCUGGUGUCGUUCUGAACGAGGUCGGAGGAGAUUGUACUUUGCUGAAAGCAUCAGGCCUGAAAUUCUAUGCUGGCUCUACUAGGAACGCCAUCACGUCAAGACAAUUUGAUGGAGACUAUGCUGUGUCAUACACAUUUUCAGAUGGGGAGCUAAGAUGCUCAGGACCCGACUGGUAUGAGUUUGGGGAGUUCUGCUACAAACCUUUUGAGGACAAAAAGACAUGGUCUGAUGCUCAAGACACCUGUAGGAGACUUGGUGCUGAACUUGUGUCCAUUCUAUCUAUGACGGAGCAGAGCUGGCUGGAAAGUUACCUGUACCUUGCUAGUAGUGACAUGUGGACUGGACUAAAUGAUAUGGUCAUAGCCGGCAUGUUUGUAUGGUCAGACCAGCACAUGGUCACCUUCACCUACUGGGCUCCAGGACAACCCAACAACCAUGACGGUUUCGGCGAGGAUUGUGCGGAGAUGUUGCAUCAGACUGGCAGAUGGAACGUUGUUUCCUGCACAGAACUCAAUAGCUUCAUGUGUAAAAUGCCCAGAGCGCAUUACGCUCUUCCUUCUGUGAAGCCCACGGUGUAUGGAUGUCCUCAGGGCUGGGAUGCUUACGGCUACGCGUGCUACUGGAUGGAGGAGACCGGCAGGAGCUGGUCGGACGCUAAGGCUUUCUGUAAUGAGCAGGACGGCUUUUUGCUGCACAUCGGAGACGUAUACGAACAAGCACAUUUUACAGUAGUGCUGUCAGGAAAGACAAGUUUGUGGUGGAUCGGCCUGCGAGCUAAAGGAGGCACUGGUGGAGGAGUGCAGUACAUCUGGGACAACGGUUCUCCACUCACCUUCACUCACUGGGACAGAAACCAGCCUGAUAACGGGGACGGUACAUGCGUUGCCUUGACGACGGGUCAAGUCGGCGGCUUCUGGGAUGACAAGCAGUGCUCAGAGAAAUUUGCGUUCAUCUGCGAGAAACCCAGGCCGGACAUCACGCCGCCCACCAAGCCCCCGACCCCGCCUCCUGCACAGGACUGCGCUGACGGCUGGACCUCACUGCCUCACUUUAGCAACUGUUACAAGCUCUUUCACAAUGUGGAUUGGUCCUGGAAAAAGAGCUGGGGAGCCGCGAAUGAAGACUGCAUGUCCCGGGGUGCCAACCUGGUCAGCAUCCACAGUCAGGAAGAGGAGGAUUUCCUUUCGCUUUACAGCAAAGCCAGCAGCAAGUGGAUUGGCCUCAGGCACAACCCCACACAAGGAGGAUAUUCUUGGAGUGACGGCUCAGCGCUCUCGCACACAAACUGGGGUCCCGGCGAACCCAACAACCAUGAGAACCGUGAGGAGUGCGUGGAGAUGGUGAGCACCACCAACGGGACCUACUCCUGGUGGAACGAUCUCAACUGUGACGCUCACCAAGAUUGGAUAUGCAUGAUUAGCAAAGGGAAGACCCCCAUUUUGCCUCCGUCGCCCCCACCGCCUCUACCAGCACCAGAUUGUGGCAGCAACCCCGGCUGGAGGAAGAACAACAACAACAUGUGCUACUACUAUAACGACACAGACAUCGUGGACGCCCACAUGGCGAUGCACCGCUGCUGGGCCGAGAAGGCCACGCUCGUCUCCAUCCACAGCAAGGAGGAGCAGGCAUACGUCAAUAGCAUGGUGGGCACAGGUGAGGUUUCCGCAGCAUGGAUCGGAUUGAGGAUUUGGGGGCUCAUCGAUGGACAAUACACGUGGCAGGACCACUCCCCCGUCUCGUACACCCACUGGAGUCCCGGUGAGCCCAACAACGCCAAUGGGGAGGAACAGUGUGUUCAGAUGAACAGACAUCAAGGCGGAUGGAACGACGUAAACUGCGGUCGAGCCGCAGCGGGUUAUGUGUGCAAGAAGUUCCCCGGUGACAUACACACUCCUCCUCCGCCCACGCAGCCUUGGGAGGGACACUGUCCCGCUGGAUGGCUACGUUUCAAGGACAAAUGUUUCCUGCUCAAAGGAAAGAAGAACGACAUAAAAGCCAACUGGACGUAUGCAAGGAGCUGGUGCAAAGACCAAGGAGGCCAACUGGCCGUUAUUGAUGACCAAUAUGAAAACGACUUUGUGUCUAGUUACCUGAGAGACCUGCAGCCUCCCACAUGGAUCGGCUUGUCUGAUAUACUGGUGGAAAACCAGUACGCAUGGAGUGACGGCGUCAGUCCAGUCCUUUACACUAACUGGAACGACAAAGAGCCCAACAAUGCAGGCGGGACGGAACACUGCGUGGCUAUGACGCACAGCACCCUCGUUAGUGGCAAGUGGAACGACGACGCCUGUCAUAAGGAGCACAGCUUCAUCUGCUUCAGGAAGAAAUCAAGCAGCAUAGCCCCCCCUCCUCCGACGAGCAGCCCCUGCCCAGCUGGCUACAUAUCCUGGUUCCUGAACUGCUACAAGCUGGUGGAAGAGCCCGCGAGCUGGGAUGCGGCCCAGGCCGCCUGCCGGCAGCAGGGUGGCAACCUGGCCAGCAUCGACAUGAGCUACGACCAGGCCUUUGUCGCCGGGGUGGUCCUUCAGGGCAGAGCGGACGCCUGGAUCGGACUGAGGCUCCAGGAUGACGGUUCCUUUGCAUGGACUGACGGCUGGCCGGUAUUCUUCACUCAUUGGGGGCCCGGAGAACCCGGCAAUCUGAAGGAUGAAGGUUGUGUGAGCAUACGCGGAUCACCCUUUUUUCACGGCACCUGGAACGACACCAAGUGUGACCAAAGCAAACCUUACAUCUGCAAAAUCUCCUCCGAGAAACCACCUGCAACUCCUGCUCCAGGGGAUGGCAAGUGUUUCCCCUUCUGGAUUCCCUAUGGUCGCUUCUGUUACUUGGUGUACAACGAGCAGCAGGGCUUCUCCUGGCCUGACUCGCGACAUUACUGCGAGUUAGCCAAGGCCGAGAUGGCGUCCUUCCACAGCAGGGCGGAGGUGGAGUUCAUCAGGAACCUAAACCACACCAAACAUCACAACCUCUGGAUCGGCCUCAGCAGGGAUCGCAACUUUGGUUGGGGCUGGACUGACCACACGUCUCUGGGCUUCCUCAACUGGGCUCCCGGUGAGCCCAACACAGCGUUUCAUCCGGGGGAAGCAGCCGAGGAGAACUGCGUGGAGAUGUACCCUGACGGACGUUGGAACGACAACGACUGCCUGCAGAAGAGAGGCUUUGUGUGCCGCCAUCGACAGUAUUAUACAACAGAUGAUGGAGGAAACCCCAUCUUCCCCACCGAUGGACCAGGUGCCGACCACGGCGGUGUUAUUGUAGGCGCCACCAUUGGAGCCGUUGUGAUCAUCAGCCUAUUAGCCGGACUGCUCUUCUACAUGUUCAGUGUGAGAGGAUACAAGCUGAGCGGUCUGAGUCUGCCAACUCGAACAACCAGCAGUGUCAACGAGCCUGCGUUUGUAAACCCCAACUUUGGAGGGUAAUCUGAAACGAAACUGAAGUUCGUAUGA